AUGCCCAAAUUUAUGGUAGCAAAAUCAAUGCUAAUCGGCGAGAAUCUGACAGGAGAGAAAAAUGGUCUAUGUACUUUAUACAAGAGUGAACAAGCAGGGAGGAGGAUCAGUGUUGUGGAAGCACCAGGAUGGCAUGAACACUCAAUCCAACAAACACCAGAGAACAUAAAAGAAGAAAUUAUCAGAAGCGUGUUGCUUUGUCCUCCAGGACCUCACACUCUGCUUCUGGUAAUACCAGUGAAAACUCUCUCUGAAGAACCUAUAGGUGAAAUUAAUGCAGCGGAGAUGCACAUGGAGUUACUGUCAGAGCACGCCUGGAAACACACCAUCGUGCUGUUUACUUGUGAUGAAGGAGUGGAGGAACCAGCAAUCAGAAAACACAUUCACAGCGCAGAGAAAAUCCUGGACAAGUGUGGAGGACGAUCACAUGUUCUUCAGAGGAGCGCUUGUGAAUCGCCAACUCAGAUCAGUGAACUCUUUCAGAAGAUAGACAGCCUGGUGGAGGAGAACCGUGAGGAUUUCUUCAUACCACAAGCGUACUAUGAACUGAUUCAACAGAAGACACAAGAAGUGUUUGGUGCGACUGAGAUCAGGCAGAGACGGGGAAGUUUGCAAAAGGAUCCUCCAAACUUGAAUAAACACAAAGGAGAUUCAGAGGAGAAGAAAGAAUCUGAAGAGGCUGCCAAACGUUCAGAAGAUGCAUCAAAAAUCACCAUGGAUUUCACACAGUUUGUACUGAUACUGAUGGGUGCAUUCGGAGCACUUCUGGGAUCAGUCGCUGGAGCUGAAAGUGGAGUUAGGGGGUCUUUUAUCGGAGUAGUCUUUGGCAUCUUUGUAGGGGUUUUAGUCGCAAUUUUCGUCAUGUACAUUUAUACUCACAUUUAUUCAAAGCAGACUACACAAAGUAGGCCUACAUCAUAAGCAACUGAAUCAUAAGGAUCUGCAAAGUUGAUCAGGUGCAAGCUAGUUCAGACAUACAGUACAAGUGCAAGCAGAAUAGUCCCCCCCCCCUUUUUUUAAUACAUAAUUAUUUUUAAGUAUACAAGACAUUUACUAACGAAACUGCUGUCUGAGAUGUUUGAAAUGUUAGAUGUUCUUGCAGAACUAAAUAUCAGUAUUCAUCCUAAACUAGUUAGCCUAUGCCUUUUUAAUUCUGGCAUAAAUUUAGGGUCAUACCACAUUUUGGCAGCUUUAUAUGCCUUAUUGUUUUUAAAGAUGC